UGCCUGCUGCUGUGGCUGGCCCUGCUGCUGGGCUGCUGGGCCGAGCUGGGCAGUGGGCUGGAGUUCCCGGGGGCGGAGGGCCAGUGGACCCGCUUCCCCAAGUGGAACGCCUGCUGCGAGAGUGAGAUGAGCUUCAACAUGAAGACGCGCAGCUCCAGCGGGCUGGUGCUCUACUUCGACGACGAGGGCUUCUGCGACUUCCUGGAGCUCAUCCUCACCCAGGGCGGGCGGCUGCAGCUCAGCUUCUCCAUCUUCUGCGCCGAGCCCGCCACCUUGCUCUCCGACACGGCCGUCAACGACAACCUCUGGCACGCCGUCGUCAUCCGCCGCCACUUCAAGAACACCACGCUCAUCAUCGACCGGGCUGAGGCCAAGUGGGUGGAGGUGAAGUCCAAGCGGCGGGACAUGACUGUCUUCAGCGGCCUCUUCCUCGGGGGGCUCCCGCCGGAGCUGCGGUCGGCCACCCUCAAGCUGACGCUCUCCUCCGUCAAGGACCGGGAGCCCUUCAAGGGCUGGAUAACGGACGUGCGGGUCAACUACACGCAGGCCUCGCCGGUGGAGAGCCAGGAGGUGCGGCUGGACGACGAGCAGAGCCGCCUGUGUGCCAGGGAGGACGUCUGCCUCAACGGGGGCGUCUGCUCGGUGCUCAACGACCAGGCCGUCUGCGACUGCUCCCAAACGGGCUUUCGGGGGAAGGACUGCAGCGAAGAAGACAACUAUGUGGAAGGUCUGGCGCACCUGAUGAUGGGCGACCAAGGUAAAAGUAAAGGAAAAGAAGAAUAUAUUGCGACGUUCAAGGGAUCAGAAUACUUCUGCUAUGAUUUAUCUCAGAAUCCCAUACAGAGUAGCAGUGACGAAAUAACUCUGUCCUUUAAAACACUUCAGAGGAACGGACUGAUGCUUCACACAGGAAAAUCGGCUGAUUAUGUCAAUCUUGCACUGAAAAAUGGAGCUGUGUCCUUGGUCAUUAAUUUGGGCUCAGGGGCCUUUGAAGCGCUGGUGGAACCUGUGAAUGGGAAAUUUAAUGACAAUGCCUGGCAUGAUGUGAAAGUAACCAGGAAUCUGCGUCAGCACUCAGGCAUUGGACACGCUAUGGUGACAAUAUCAGUGGAUGGAAUUCUGACCACAACGGGAUACACGCAAGAAGACUACACCAUGCUGGGCUCUGAUGACUUUUUCUAUGUUGGAGGCAGUCCUAGCACAGCAGACCUCCCAGGGUCACCAGUCAGUAACAACUUUAUGGGCUGUCUCAAAGAGGUUGUAUAUAAAAAUAAUGACGUCAGGUUGGAGUUGUCUCGACUUGCCAAGCAAGGAGAUCCUAAAAUGAAGAUUCACGGGGUUGUAGCAUUUAAAUGUGAGAAUGUUGCAACCUUAGAUCCAAUCACAUUUGAAACACCAGAGUCUUUCAUCUCUUUGCCAAAGUGGAAUGCCAAGAAAACUGGCUCAAUAUCAUUUGACUUCCGUACAACUGAGCCAAAUGGCCUGAUUCUUUUCAGUCAUGGAAAACCAAGGCACCAAAAAGAUGCCAAACACCCCCAGAUGGUGAAGGUUGACUUUUUUGCCAUUGAGAUGCUUGAUGGCCACCUCUACCUGCUGUUAGACAUGGGAUCAGGUACUAUAAAAAUAAAAGCCUUACAGAAGAAGGUGAAUGAUGGUGAAUGGUACCAUGUGGAUUUUCAACGAGAUGGACGUUCAGGGACCAUAUCUGUGAACACAUUACGUACACCAUAUACUGCACCAGGGGAAAGUGAAAUCCUUGACUUGGAUGAUGACUUGUAUCUUGGAGGCUUACCAGAAAACAAAGCAGGCCUCGUCUUCCCAACAGAGGUGUGGACAGCACUUCUCAAUUAUGGAUACGUCGGCUGCAUUAGAGAUUUAUUUAUUGAUGGUCAAAGCAAAGAUAUUCGACAGAUGGCUGAAAUUCAAAGUACAGCUGGAGUAAAACCCUCGUGCUCAAGAGAAACUGCAAAACCUUGCCUUAGCAACCCCUGUAAAAACAAUGGUGUAUGCAGGGAUGGGUGGAACAGAUAUGUUUGUGAUUGCUCUGGUACAGGGUACCUUGGCAAAUCGUGCGAAAGAGAGGCAACAAUUUUAAGCUAUGAUGGAAGUAUGUUUAUGAAAAUACAACUCCCAGUCGUGAUGCAUACGGAGGCCGAAGAUGUUUCUUUGCGGUUCAGGUCUCAGCGAGCUUAUGGCAUUUUAAUGGCAACUACUUCUAGGGAAUCUGCAGAUACCCUUCGGUUAGAGCUGGAUGCAGGACGAGUUAAACUAACGGUCAACCUAGACUGUAUCAGGAUUAACUGUAAUUCCAGCAAAGGUCCAGAAACCCUUUUUGCUGGCUAUAACCUCAAUGAUAAUGAGUGGCACACAGUGCGUGUGGUCCGGCGAGGAAAAAGUUUAAAGUUAAUGGUGGAUGACCAGCAGGCCAUGACAGGUCAAAUGGCUGGUGAUCACACACGACUGGAAUUCCACAAUAUAGAAACAGGAAUAAUAACGGAGCGACGGUACCUGUCUUCUGUGCCUUCCAAUUUUAUUGGGCAUCUACAGAGUCUUACAUUUAAUGGCAUGGCAUACAUUGACUUAUGUAAAAAUGGAGACAUCGAUUAUUGUGAGCUAAAUGCAAGAUUUGGAUUCAGGAACAUCAUAGCAGACCCCGUAACGUUUAAAACAAAAGCAAGUUAUGUUGCAUUGGCCACUCUACAAGCAUAUACAUCUAUGCACCUUUUUUUCCAGUUCAAAACAACCUCACUGGAUGGAUUGAUACUUUAUAACAGUGGCGAUGGAAAUGAUUUCAUUGUGGUUGAAUUAGUAAAAGGGUAUUUACACUAUGUGUUUGACUUGGGAAAUGGUGCAAAUCUCAUCAAAGGAAGUUCUAAUAAACCUCUGAAUGACAACCAGUGGCAUAAUGUGAUGAUAUCAAGGGAUACCAACAAUCUCCACACUGUAAAGAUUGACACUAAAAUCACAACACAGAGCACAGCAGGAGCCAGAAAUUUAGAUCUCAAAAGUGACUUGUAUAUUGGAGGAGUGGCCAAAGAAAUGUAUAAGUCGUUGCCAAAACUGGUGCAUGCAAAAGAGGGAUUCCAAGGCUGCCUUGCAUCAGUUGACUUGAAUGGACGGCUCCCUGAUCUAAUCUCAGAUGCUCUCUUCUGCAAUGGGCAAAUAGAAAGAGGAUGUGAAGGCCCCAGCACAACGUGCCAAGAGGACUCCUGUGCCAACCAGGGGGUGUGCUUGCAGCAGUGGGAUGGAUUCAGUUGUGACUGUAGUAUGACCUCCUUCAGCGGACCCUUAUGCAAUGACCCGGGAACAACAUAUAUCUUUAGCAAAGGUGGUGGACAAAUCACUUACACGUGGCCCCCUAAUGAUCGGCCAAGCACUCGUGCGGACAGACUGGCAAUAGGGUUUAGUACUGUUCAAAAAGAAGCUGUGUUGGUACGAGUGGACAGCUCUACUGGGCUCGGAGAUUAUUUAGAGCUGCACAUCCACCAGGGAAAAAUUGGAGUUAAAUUUAAUGUUGGAACUGAUGACAUCUCUAUUGAAGAGAUCAACGCAAUCAUUAAUGAUGGAAAAUACCAUGUAGUACGUUUCACAAGAAGUGGUGGCAAUGCCACCUUACAGGUGGACAACUGGCCAGUUAUCGAACGUUACCCAGCAGGGCGUCAGCUCACAAUCUUCAAUAGCCAAGCAACCAUAAAAAUUGGAGGCAAGGAACGUGGCCAUCCUUUCCAAGGCCAGCUCUCUGGUCUUUACUACAAUGGCUUGAAAGUUCUGAAUAUGGCAGCAGAAAAUGAUGCCAACAUCGUGAUAGAAGGAAAUGUGAGACUUGUUGGUGAAGUGCCUUCCUCUAUGACAACCGAGUCCACAGCCACAGCGAUGCAGUCGGAGAUGUCCACGUCAGUCAUGGAAACAACCACCACUUUGGCCACCAGCACCGCUAGAAGAGGAAAGGCCCCGACAAAAGAACCUAUUGGGCAGACCACAGAUGACAUCCUGGUGGCCUCGGCUGAAUGUCCUAGCGAUGAUGAGGACAUCGAUCCCUGUGAGCCGAGCUCAGGUGGGUUAGCAAACCCUACCAGGGCAGGAGGAGGAAGGGAGUACCCUGGCUCGUCCGAGGUGAUUCGCGAAUCCAGCAGCACAACGGGCAUGGUGGUCGGGAUCGUGGCGGCGGCGGCGCUGUGUAUCCUCAUCCUCCUGUAUGCUAUGUACAAGUACAGGAACCGAGACGAAGGAUCCUACCACGUCGACGAGAGUCGAAACUACAUCAGUAACUCAGCACAAUCCAACGGGGCUGUCAUCAAGGAAAAACAGCCCAACAGCGCUAAAAGCUCCAACAAAAACAAGAAAAAUAAGGAUAAGGAGUACUAUGUCUGAUCUCAACAUCUAAAAGAACGCUUGUAUAGAAAUAGUCUUCAUUUUAUCUGAGACAUAAUACAAACUUAUUUACUUUACUUUUUAUGAAGCACAUUCAAAAAACAAACAAACAAAAAAGACAGGGAAUGCAAUCAGAAAGGAAAGACUGUUUUUAAAAACAAGCAUUUCACGCUCUUGUUUUUCAGAAACAGGAGCUGAUAAAUUCCCUAACAUCCACAGUGUUUUCAUUUACUCUGCCUGUCUUUAUGUUGCUGGAACAUUUCUGAAAGACAAUGAUGAUGACACCACGCACUCAUAAAGCAAGGAGUAUUACUACAACAUCGAGGCACAAUAUGAAACAAAACAAAUUAAAAAAACAAAACAGGAAAAAAAAAGAAAAAAAGAAGCUACCUAUGAUUCUGGAUUUAGCCAAAGUGCUAGCGCUUUCUUGAGAAGUAAGUUAGUCUUAUUGUCAGAGAAGACUGUCAUUAAAUGUGGUGACUCAACAAGCAAACAUAAAGAGUUUGCCGUCUGGUGCAGUGAAGCAGUGAUUGGAAACUUGCAGUUGAAACAAAGUGCUGGCUUUUCUGAAGACUUACGUAGAAAUACUUUCAAAAAGCCCCUUUCUGGUUGUGAGGAAAAUAGUACGGAGGCCUUAUUUUCAAAAACAAAAACAAAAAUCUGGAAUAUAAGGCACAAAAAAAAAAAAAAAAGAAAGAAAAAACAAACAAGAGGGCAUAGAUGCAAUCAUUGGGAAAUUUUCAUGCACGCUUAAUAUGUUAUUACAUAUGUUUAUAUAAAAACACAUCUAUAUGUGCUUUCUGGACUGUGAUAAGUGAUGUUUUAUAGCCUGUUGUAUAGAAAAUGCAAACUAUAUCUGCUCUUCAGCCAUUUUUGGUAAACUCAAUGUUAUAAGUGUUGCUAGGUAUAGAGAGUUUUAUGACAUCUGGAGCAACAGACAUACUUCAGUUUUUUUGCAGCCAUUAUAAAUUGUCCCAGACUUCUUCCCCUUUUUUUUUUCUUUUUUUUUCUUUCUAAUUUUUUUAAUUUACAGUGUAGUGGUUAUACUAAGGGGGAUGUGUAUGAAUGUAUAUAAGAGUCAGCUAAUUUUUUUCUUACCUGUACAGCCUCUAUUCCGUUGCAAUUAAGUUUCAGUAGUUUGUAUGAAAGAAGUGGACUAGAAAGCAAAACUAUAUCUCUACUGUAAUUUGUCUUCUCCCUCCUGUCCCCAUCUCUUGCUCCUGAUAUGCAUCAAUGAAGUUGAUCAGAAUGGCCAAUUUUCCUAGAAAUACACAUUCAUUAAUUAGCUAAAUAUUUAGUGACUUAAACUGGCCUUCGGCUUCCAGUCAAAGCUUCACUAUUGGAGAGCAUGGUUUGCCUUACAGAAACCUUGUUCUUAAGAAAUUAUGAGAAUGAUGAGUUUCUUGAGAAUCUUAGGAAGUAUCGUAUAGUGUUUAUCUGGCAUUCAGUUGUAUGAACGACAGCUACUACAGCAUUGGGUGAUAAAAAGAUCUCAGAUGACCCAUUUUAAUUAUCCAGGCUGAUUCUACUGCAGAAUUUACCCCUUUCUCCAAAAAGGAAAUAACGUUGAGGUGCACGAUAGUAUUUUUCAAUGGUGGGCAUUUUGACAUAUGAAAAAGUAUUUUUAGCUAAGUUGAUUGUGUAGUAUUGCAAGACAUCAUAACCAGACAGAUAUAAGUUCAUCAUGUUUUAAAGUAACACAUAGCUUUUCUUGCAUAUAUAAAACAUUAAUGCAUUUUAGUUAAACAUAUUAAAUAUAAUGCCGUAAUUUACAUGUUAAGUUUUUUUUCUAGUGUUAUUUCAUUAGGUUCACAGCAAUAAACCAUAGCAUAACAUUUUAUUUACACAGAAGUUCAAAGGGAAUACAUUAGGCAGAAAGAGGGUAGUUCAAUAGAAAUCAACCAAAUCAUCAGGCGGCCUCCUGGGAGGGAUAUAGAUGUUCACACUUUUACAGACAGGAAGGAGGAAUUUAAAAUUAGCUUUAAACAGCAGGCACAAAAUAUGUUGUUGUGUGUUAUUCACUGUAGCUGAUGAAAAAGGCUGGAAACUGGUACAGCUAUCUAUCUGGGAGUCAGAGCACUUUAAAAACACACGUAGCUGACAUGAAAACACCUCUCUUGAAGGCUGCCAACCCCAUUGAGGUGUGUCAUGUUGCGAUCGUAAAACGAAUUUUAAUUUUCAUUAGCAUUUACGCAAAAAAAAAUAAUAAUGAGAACAGGUUCACAAAAUCCGUUUGAUGUUCAUUCCUUAGAUGAUCGUUCACCUGUGGCAUUCAGAAUUCUCCCACCUUUACAAGACAGCUGUACUCAGGGAAUGGCAGGGUCAGGUCUACUGGAGGUCGUUGCUGGAAGCAAGAGACUUCAGCUGGAGGGGGGAAAGAAGAAGUUGAAAGCCAGGUGGUGUUCAGAUUUCAGUGCUUGAAGGUACGUAGAGGAACAAGAAUAAUCUGAUGACAGGAGACUGGACGUGGCAGAAUAUGGUUUGGGCGAGAUGAAAUGGUCUUUUCUGCUCUGUAUUGAUUGCAUUAACGAAAUAGCAUGGUCCUGUCAACUUCCAGGCAGUUUGGUAGAUUAAUCUUUAACUAAAUCCACACAUCAAGGAAAAAAAAUAAUCUGCUACUACUAUAAUAAGCAAACACGAUUUUAACACUGUUUCUGAAGGUUCUCCUUUUUCCUCUUUAAUUUCAUAAUACAACAAAAAACAAAUAUGGAUGUAUCAGAAGUGCCAGCAAGUGGAUUUAAAUUCCUUUUUGUUUAAAAACAGCAGCAACAAACAAACAUACAUAAACCAACUACCUAACAUAAAAUUGGAUCCUUUCUCUAUAAUAACCUAAUUUGUUUGACUGAGAUGGCUUCAUUUCUAUGACUGUAUUGUGUUGCCUUUUUUAACAAAACACUAAAUAACGUGUGAAACUUUCAACCCUAAGACAUCAAAGAGAGGCCCAAUGCCCCUAACCUUAUAGUGCUUUCUGUGAUAGAUAUUUACGAUUUUUUUAUUUGUUGCAAGGCCAAUUUAUUCAUUAUUGGAAAUGCUAAGCAAGUGGAAUUUACUGUUUUGUUAAUAAAAAUGUUUCUUAAUACAAA